AUGUUUGUAAACUCAUUAAAAGCAAGAUUACCAAUACUAAUACCAAGAUCCUCAAUAACAAGAACCCUAUCACCAUCACUACUACGAUUAUAUUCAACAUUAAAUACAGAGCCAAUUUACAUUACACCAUUAAAAAUAAUAAAUCAAAUCCCAAAUUUAAACAUUAAGAUAACCGACCACGCUGCUGAAAGAUUGAAUCUAAUUUAUAAUACAUCAAAAGAAAUUCUACAAAUCGGUGUAGAAAGUGGUGGAUGUCAUGGAUUCCAAUACAAUUUAAACCUCAUACCUGAUCCUGACCUUCAAUCCUCGAAAGAUAGUGAAAAAAAUACAUCGAAGACGCAAGAAGAGGAGGAUGAGUUUAAUACGGCGAACUCAACGAAAAAUGAUACCGUGUAUGUUAUACCACCUGAUGGCGGGAAAGUUAUAAUUGAUGAACAUUCCUUGAAAAUCCUUAAUGAUUCCAUAUUGAAUUUCACAACGGAAUUGAUUGGAUCUCAAUUUAAGAUUGAAGAUGGGAAUUUGAAAUCAAGUUGUGGUUGUGGGAGUUCUUUUGAUGCUGAAGUUAAAAAAUAA